AUGAAGAACCAGACUGUCAUCACAGAGUUCAUACUAGUUGGUCUAACACGUUCCCUUGGACUACAAACACUUCUCUUUUGGGUAUUCAUAUUUGUCUAUGCUAUGGCUUUAGCUGGCAACUUCCUCCUCAUCUUUACCAUAUGGCGAUGCAAGAAACUCCAUACUCCCAUGUACUUCCUCCUCAUCAACUUGUCCUUAGUAAAUGUGUUCUCCAUUUCCAUUACAGCUCCCAAACUCAUCCAGACUCUUCUGGCCCAUCAAAAGACCAUCUCAUUUUAUGGAUGCAUUACACAAGUCUAUCUCUUUAUCUGGGCUUUAGGAACUGAACUUCUACUCCUGUCAUUUAUGGCAUUUGACCGCUAUGCUGCUAUCUGCCACCCUUUGCAGUAUACAGUCAUUAUGAGGAAAGAAGUGUGCAUUGUGAUAGCAACUGGAGUGUGGGUUGCUGGGAUGGUCAAUUCAGCAGUUCAUGCUGGACUUAUGUUGCAGUUGUCAUUUUGCAGCUCCAAUAUCAUCAACCAUUUUUUCUGCGAUGUACCCCCACUUUUAAAGCUCUCUUGCUCAGACACCAGCCUUAAUGAGACCAUGGCUUUUCUUGCAGAUGUGUUCUUUUGUAUUGGCAGUUGUGUGUUGACUCUAACUUCAUAUUGGUUUAUUCUGAAAGCUAUCUUCCGAAUUCGCUCCACUGAAGGGAAAAAGAAAGCUUUCUCAACAUGUUCUUCCCAUCUCAUUGUUGUCAGUUUUUACUUUUCAGCUGUCAUCUACACAUAUAUUAGGCCCGUUUCAGUCUACUCUUUAGACAAUGACAAGGUAGUUUCUCUGCUUUAUUCAGUAGUAACCCCUGUUGUCAACCCAAUAAUAUAUUCCUUGAGAAACAAAGAGGUCAAAGAGGCACUCAGAACACUUACUGGAAGAGGUAGGCUGCUUCAGAGAACUCAAGACUGA